AUCUCCAACAAUGUCUUUAGUGAAGCAUCUCUGAGUUUCUCACGUACUAACUCAGCUCCUCUUCCUAAUCGACACUUGCUCGUGCCACUCCGCCUUUGGCUCUCACUCUUCGGUCUCACUCUUCUGUCUGAUCACUCCGUCAAGCUGCGCGUGCCACUAGAGUUGCCUCACCAUGCCGAAAGUUAUCGUCCCUAUACUCCCGGUGUCUGACGGCGACUCUUCUCACGUUCCCAACAAACCCGAAUUCUCAAAGGAAGACCCGUCAGAAAUUUACCUGGAGAAGCUUGCAGUAGGAUGGUUAAAAGAAAGAGGCGAAUACAAGCCUGGUGUCCAGUACACACUCGACAGGCUGCCAUCCGGGUAUUCAGUCUGGGGAAGGCCGCGCAUCAAGGAACCUAAACACCACGACAGAUGGUGCUACGGUCACCCUGACGGGAAGACCUUCGACUCGCCCAACCGCUUUUUACCCCACUUUUUGCACUUGAUGAAGAACAAUGGGAUUAGCUGGGGUUGCCCAUGCACUGUUUGUUCGAUUCCGACUCCCAAGCCCAAGACUACAAAGCCGGCCAGUGCAGCAAAGCCGGCCAGUGCAGCAAAGCCGGCCAGUGCAGCAAAGCUCUCGACCAGCUCCACAUAUGCAGUUAGCAGCAUGACACCUAGUGGCAUAUCAUCUGCGUUGCAGCACCCCGCGCCAAAAGGCAAGCCCCGCCAGGUGGACACGUCGACGAUGCAAGUCGACAAAGAAGGCACUCCUGACAUAUAUCGGAAUCUUAUCGACAAGCUUCGUAGCAAAGGCACCGUUGAUCUGCCAAUAAAAGAAACUAUGAGCAUGGAUUGGCGUUCAGAACGCCCGACGUUGCCGAAGAUGCUCAACAAAAUGUCACGCCAGCCACAAUGGGCACCAAGGCCAGGAGAGCUGGUCCUCUUCGUCCAGAGACUUGGACCUGGCGAAGAGGUUUGUCUUGACCCUUCUACAAACGAGUUCAAGAUCUGGAUCCCAAAGCAGAAAUUCGUUGGCCAUCCAGUAUGGGAGGCCGGAGUGGUCACGCAGCUCGCAACGGAAGGGCCAGUCAUUGAAGACUUGGUCAUCCGGACUGAGAAAAGAUUCGACCUUAAUUACUCUGGCUACAGGGUUGAGCCACUGCCCGACCCCAACAGCGAAGUCAAGCACUUUUCGAAGCAGCACAAAUACCUCCCAUUACAUCUAUUGCGCCCGUUCAUAUUUUGGGGAGAUUUCCUACGUGGAAUAGAGGAGGACAGAUGGCACCCAACAAUCAAGCAUGGUCUCACAUCCAUGUCGACUUUCUCACUCGUGGAGAAGUUCCAGUUCACUGGAAAAUGGCCUGCUGCAUCUAUUAGCUGUCGAGGCCUUUACCUUGGUCCAGAGCUAAUUCUUGUCGGAGACACAGUGCGCCUCCUCCCGCGUCAGCAGGGAUCAGGCUCAGCGGGUUCAGGCUCAGAAGUAACGGAUGUGCUCCAAGUCAUGUCAAUAAAGCUCAAUCUGACCAAUCUAGAUCAUGCCAGCAACAAUGAUUACGACGACAUGCGUCCUUACAAUUCCACGGUGCAUAUCGUCGGAAAGGCGUUUACCACUGAUGGCAAACGACCUACAGCAAAGCCCGCUUACAAGAGCCAGCUUCCGGCCAUCCUACAGGGCUACAGCGGUAAAGAAUGGCAACGUCUUCAUCAAGCAGAUCAGAGCUUGAAGGUCCCAUUCAACCGGAUUUUAGGCCGGUGCUACGAAGAGGAUGCCAUGAUCCUAUGGUUUUCGGUGGACAGCAACCAGGUCGGAGACCUAGGACAGGGUCUUGAAGGUGUUUAUCAAGGCAGAGAGUACGGUACCAGUGUAUACCGUCACAUCGAAGACGAUAAAAAGUGGUUCUGGGGCGAUACCAGAGUAGAAUCGCUGGAUCUCGCCACCGUCAACGGUUACGAAGUUGGCGAUCAUGACAGUUCUCGAGAUCCCAAAACUUGGCGAAAAAUGAUAAAAGUACUGGAAGGCAAUGCUGCAGCUGAGGACCGCAUUGCGUUGAAGGCGGCGCAAGAAGCACGUCCGCUACGGCGGAACAGCGCCGUCUCGAGUGGAUGGCGGGCGAUAAAUAUGCAGGAGCAGCGCAGUCAGCCGGAGGAGAUGGAGAUUGACUCGGACGAAGAGGCAGAUCUUUUCGUCAAUGAGGUGGCUGGAGAGGUGGAUGUGGACAUGACGGAGGCGUGAGGAUCGGGCGGGCAAGCACGGAAAUGUGAGGCUCAAAGUUGGGCUGCAGUAAAGUUUUUCAGAGCGGGACUGCGGGUGGUUUAUUGGAGCUGGGCGAACCUUUGCAGUUCCCCCCACACCGGUCAGCCGGUGCCGUUCGGGGGAUGGAGCUUUCACCGGCCGAGAUGAGCUGUUUAGUGGGAGCUUGGGAGCGCCCGCGUGGUUUGGGCGCGCGCCAGAGCUCUCGAGAGUCAUGAGCAGGCAAAAUAACAACUGACAUAACCGC